AUGACAGGAUUCACUGGUGUCCUCUCAACGGGCAUGUCAUUGGUAACAAUUGUGUACGCGGCGUCUGGAUUCUUUGGUUACGUUACCUACGGUACAAGUGUUGAGGGCAGUAUUACACUGAACCUUCCAUCAUCUCCAUUGUAUACACUCGUCAAAGUGAUGUUAGUUGUGGUCAUCUAUGUUGGAUUCGUUAUCCAAGAAUACGUUAUCAUUGAUAUGUUAUGGCCGGUUGUGAAAGACAAUAUAGUGAAGUUGAGUAUUUGCUCAUCGAGCAAGAAAUGUGUUGUUAUCGGCAACUAUGCGUUCAGGUCGCUGUUGGUUACGAUCGCAAUGAUCGUUGCACUGGCAGUUCCACGACUUGAGACGAUCAUCCCAUUGGUCGGUAUUUGCUCAAGUAUGCUGCUGGCUUUCGUUAUACCGGCCACUUUGGACACGGUAACAUUUUUACCGUGUUUGAUUCACACAAAAGCGAGCAAAUGGAGGAUCGCUAGGAAGGUGAUUGCAAAUGUGUUGUUGAUAACGAUGGGUUUGUUCGGGCUGAUUGCGGGCUUGCGAACGAGCAUUUUGGAGCUGAUCAAUGGAGCGUAG